GGUAGAACAUAAUAGUAAAAUACAAAAUUCCAAAAUAAUAAAAAAAAUAACCUAUUAAUAAUGUUUCGUUCUCUAUCCGUGCUGAUGUUCAAUACUUCUCAAAUAGAGACAAAUCUCUUUGGCAUGGCCGACGAUGUGUACAAUACCAUUGAGAUCUUCAAAGAGGCCGCCAGUUUCGAGGCCAAGAUUGGUAGACCCUAUAGAAUGAUAUCGAGCCUUAUAGACUGCUUGGUCUUCAUGGUGGUGGCUCUAAUGGUGGUCGGUUUCAUCAUGUACGAUCGCAUUAUGCUGUUUACAAAACUGGCUAAGAUCAAUCAGAGAUAUAACCAAGAGGUGACUGUAAAAGCAAAAAGAAUUCGAAAGCCCAAAACAUCCGAUUCUCUCCCAGAAGAAGAUGAUACCGAAAAUGCUGUGGAUCAGGCAGAAGAAGACGGUAUCAGCGUGGCACAUUCCGAAUAUGCAACAGAUGACGAUGUCGCAACCCUUCAACCCAUUGACGAUGAAGAUACAAUUAAAGUCGCAAUGUUCGGAACUCCCAAUUGGGCCUUUAAAUGGCUAGCCACUAUAAGAAACGAAAGUUUCGGAUCAAUUUACGAUGGGUACUUCCGUAGAUUGCAUCUACACGUCACACAUUGUAAAUCGGUUUAGUCAUUUUCUGAGUUCCACGACAUACGGAUUUGCGGUUGACGAUUUAAAUUGGUUAUUAGGCAGAUUCCAGUACCAUAAAUUACCUUAUUAUACUCGAUAUGUAUAUGAACAUCCACAUACGUUUAAAUAAUGAACAUGACUCAUUUAGUAACGAAUGCAUUUAGCAAUAAAGGAAAAUUUACAAAUUUUUACAAGU